AUGUCGGACGGUGCACCGCUCGUCGACGAUCUCCGAAGAGCUUUCACAGAGCUUCGCUCCAUCCCGGCCCCUCAUUCGGAUGCUGUCAGUGGCCUGCACAAUACCCCGCUCAGCUCCGUCCGCUGUACCAUUGGGCCGUAUACCUUCGGACCUUUCGAGUCGCAGCUCGCGUUCAAGAACGCGAUCUUCUCCCAAGUCAGCAAUUUGUUCUUAAAAAGCCGUCUGCCCGCCCUGCGUCAGCUCGCCGAUCCCGUCCACGCUAAACGGCACCGCAUCGUCUUCACGCACGCCGAUCUGCAUGCGUGCAACGUCCUCGUGCACGAAGGGCGGCUGUCGGGAAUCAUCGACUGGGAGCACGCGGGGUGGUAUCCGGAGUACUGGGAGUACACGAUGGCCGAGUACCACAUGACGAGACGGUCGCUGGAGCAGCAGUUCUGGGACGCGGCACAUCCGUUCGGGGAGAAUGCGUACCCCGAGGAACUCGCGCUAGAGUGGGCGCUGUGGGGAUGUACGCGCGAUCACGCGAUAUACGACGAUGUCGACGUCGAUCUUUCAUGUCCUCGCCUGAAGGCGGGCACCGGGCAGAGCAUUCAGCUGAAGUUCUUGCGCGGAAGUACUGUUGAUUGGAAGCCGUCUGUUGAACCCCAGGCUGGUACUACUGAAUAG